CAGUGCUGAAGUGAUAUCUGCAUUAAUACGGUUCUGUUCACGUCGUCAUCACCAUCAGCGGUCAUGUCCUCCGGUUCUCUCCUGCUGGUUCUGCUGGUUCUCGGCUGCCUUCAGUCCUUCACAGAGGCCCAGAGUGCAUUAACACCAGAACAAUGCUGUUUCAAAUUCCAGACGAAAAUAAUCCCUCAACGACUGAUUAAGGGGUAUAAAGAAACUCGGCUUGACUGUACAAAAGCUGGAAUCGUUUUUACCCUAAACAAUGGUCGUCGUGUGUGUGCAGACCCUGGAGAUCUGUGGGUGAAGAAUCACAUGAAGAAAAUUGACCUGCGCUUUUUUUCAGAGCCGAUCCAACCUCAAAAGAAACGUUAAAUCCUCUCUCUGUUAAUGCACAAUAUAUAUAAUACAAUAUAUAUAUAUAUAUAUAUAUAUAUAUAUAUAUAUAUAUAUAUAUAUAUAUAUGUAUAUAUAUAUAUAUAUAAUUUGCUAUAUUUAGACAGGCAGAAUAAAGCUUUAUUAUUAUUAUGAAUCAUAUUCCAUCAUAAACUUUAGCUUGAAGCAGUCUAACAAUAUUUAGCUCAAUUAAUCUGUGGCUUGUGGGCAUGAAGUCGUUUUUAUAUAAAUCUUAUAUACAUUAAAGGACUUUUUUUAUUUA